GGUGUGUAGACGCACUGCUUCACGUACUUUUUCCAAGCAUCUUGGCAGCUGGGCUGCCAUUCAACAGGAACUCUUCUGGGGGGAGAAGAGGGUAGAGCAGAAUGACUACGUUGCAGCUGAAAGAAUUAUCUCAUUCAGGUCUAUACAGGAGAAGACGGGAUCGCCCAGAUAGUCUGGGUCUUCAGGAGUUACCUGAGCAGAAGCUAAGCAACAUGGCCAAUGCUCUUGCCAAUGCCAUGUGUGAACGCUGCCGAGGAGGCUUUGCACCUGCAGAAAAGAUUGUGAACAGCAAUGGGGAGCUGUACCACGAGCAGUGCUUUGUGUGUGCCCAGUGCUUCCAACAAUUCCCCGAGGGACUUUUUUAUGAGUUUGAAGGAAGGAAGUACUGUGAACAUGACUUUCAGAUGCUUUUUGCUCCUUGUUGCCAUCAAUGUGGGGAGUUCAUUAUUGGUCGGGUUAUUAAAGCUAUGAACAAUAGCUGGCACCCAGAAUGCUUCUGUUGUGAUAUCUGCCAACAGGUACUGGCUGACAUUGGAUUUGUGAAGAAUGCUGGCAGACAUCUUUGUCGUCCUUGCCAUAAUCGGGAGAAAGCCAGAGGUCUUGGCAAAUAUAUUUGCCAAAAGUGCCAUGCCAUAAUUGAGGAACACCCGCUUAUCUUCAAGAAUGACCCUUACCAUCCUGAUCACUUCAACUGUGCCAACUGCGGAAAGGAACUGACUGCAGAAGCUCGAGAACUGAAAGGGGAGCUGUAUUGCUUGCCUUGCCAUGAUAAAAUGGGGGUACCCAUCUGUGGAGCAUGCAGGAGGCCAAUCGAGGGCCGAGUGGUAAAUGCUAUGGGCAAGCAGUGGCAUGUUGAACAUUUUGUUUGUGCCAAGUGUGAGAAACCAUUCCUGGGCCAUCGUCACUAUGAAAGGAAGGGGCUGGCGUAUUGUGAAACCCAUUAUAAUCAGCUCUUUGGUGAUGUAUGUUUCCACUGUAACCGGGUGAUUGAAGGAGAUGUUGUCUCUGCCUUGAAUAAAGCAUGGUGUGUAAACUGCUUUGCAUGUUCUACUUGUAACACCAAGUUAACACUGAAAAAUAAAUUUGUGGAAUUUGAUAUGAAGCCUGUCUGUAAGAAGUGCUAUGAGAAGUUCCCACUGGAGCUCAAGAAGAGACUGAAAAAAUUGGCUGAAACUCUAGGAAGGAAAUGAGAUAUUUCAUCUUGCUAUGCAAAAUUAAGGAAACAAGAUUCAUAUCCCCAUUUACUUUCAUCGUGUCUAUGAAAUCUAUGCUCUUAAAAAAUCCUCCUGCAUGACUAGCUUAAUUCAAAAAUAUAUACCUUGCCAUAAAAUCUUUAAUGUCUUAUGUAAUGCUAUAUGUACCUUUUAAAUUAUGUAUUCUGUGUUUAUAUAGAUUUUUAGAGAACUCAGUCUUAAGUGGAAGAUUAAAACAUAGCCUUUAAAUUGCAAUAGAAAUCACUCUCUUGGACUACUGAUGCUGAUCUCAAAUGAACAUCAUCUAGCACAGUCUCUCUUACCUAGAAUUUUCCAAAUGUGCUGAUCUUUUAAUUUCCAAAAUUCUCAACCAGCCCAGCAGAUUAGGAAAGCAAAUUCUCUUGGCAAAUAAUCUAGACCUUAAGAUCAUGUGCCUGCCAGGGAGUGACUCCUGGAGCAAAACAAAGUAAAACUGUUAAAGCUGGCAAUUUAUAAACACUAAAAUCCCAUUGAAUUUAAUGGCUUUCAGCUCUGUAGGCAGAUAUCGGAUUACAUGGUUAAGUAUAUAGAAAAAUAUUAGAAAAAUUCAUGGGCUGGUGGCCAUAGUAUUUACCAAUACGGGUCAGAAUAAUCCCCUCCACCCCAAAAUUAGACUUGUGAUGUGAGGGCUUUAAAGUAUAUUUUAACUAAUAAAUUUUAUACUUCAUAUUAUUUAGAAUCAGGAAAGGAGAUGCAUUUCCUUUGAUUCUAAACUGUCACCUCUGGUGUUAAAAAUUAUGAGACAAAAGACUACAGAUUUUUUUGUAAGCAAUGAGUUCUUGUUUAAUAUUAGCUUAUGAACUGAUAAGACAUUAGUUUUCCAAUAUUAUGUUGCUAUCGUAGGAAAAUGGCAAUUGCAAACAUUCUUAAGAUUUAGGAAGUUUAUAUUCUUAUCAGGACAUCUUGUUGAUUCUGUCUUCAGCUCAACAGAAAUAACUUAAGUUAUUGAGAUUCUUUUUUUAAAAAAAGUAGUCAAAUUGGGGAUGAAUUGUAAGCAAACCAUAACCCAAGCUAUCACAAGUGCAGAAAUGAUUUGUUCAGAAAGUUUCUGAUAAUGGUAACUGUUUGAGAACUGCAGUGAAUACUUUCACAUUCUGGUAAGUCUGAAGCCCAAAGUGUGAGAUGCCAAUAUAUUUCUGUGUCAACAGAGUUCAACUACUUGAAUUUUAUAAGGAUUUUUUUCUUGGAACCUUUGGUAUUUUAUUUCCCUGUGCCUUAAUUAUGCUGUAUAUUUACAAAUUAUUCAAAAUAUUUACUCAUAUUAUUUUAUUAGGAAAUAUACAUCUUAUACUCUAGGAAGUGGCAUAUACCAAACAUUUUGAACUUUGUUUAAAAUAAUGGAACGUAUUAAGGAUGCAAAGCACACUUCCUUUCCCUCUUCAGCUCACUUUUUUUUAAAUUUUACAUGAAAUAAAAACUGAACGUAUUUCAAUUAUGGACAUGUACUGUGUUAAUGAAUCAACAAUAUAGUGACAAUCAUUUGUUAUUUAUACUUGGACAGGACCUAAAUGAAUAUUGCAAACUUCAGUACUCGGAAAUAAAAUUAUUUGAGUUCAAUGGUACCUAGGUUAUUUAAUAAUACUCUUAUCUAAAAUAAGCAUUUUGAACUCAAAGAGAUUUACCUAUAAGUAAAAAUGUUGAUUGCAGUUUUUGUUUAAAAA